AUGGCCUUGAUCGCGGAGGCCGCGCGGCUGCACAUGCAGCUCCCGGCUCUGUCCGCCUUCGACUGGCUCCGCGGGGUCGGCGACCUCGCGAGGGUGGACCCCGACGUCCUCCGCUUCCUUCACCGGGCCUUCGCCAAAACCUACGCGGAUAUCCCCCCGGUCCAAUUCUGCACCGCGUUAAAAAGCCUCGAGCGAGGGAGGGCCCCCGAGGUCGUGGAUCCGGAGGACUGGAGGGGAUUUCUGCUGUUUUGCGCGGAGACGAUCCGGGGGUAUUUUGGUCAGGGCCUCGGCCUGGGCUGUUUGAUGGCCCUAACAGGGGUGGUGUAUCGACUGGGCGGCCGCGAUGACGGGUUUUACGACGCCGCUGCGGCCUUCGCGCGGACGAAACUCCGCCGCGCCGACGCCGCCUUGCAGGACAAGGAUGCCGCGCGGGAGAUGAGCCACGCUCUCGGUGAAGAGCGCCUCCGCGGCCUCUCCGACCUCCGCGAAUUCCUCCUCGCGGCGGGAGAAAAGGGCCAGAGCGGGGAGUCCAGCCUCCUACCGACGGCGUGGAUGAAUUUACACGACCCAGCGAACCGCCUCGUGGAGCGGACAGAAACACAAAAAGAGGCCGCCGCGGUGCUCGAGGCGAUGUGGCGAACGCGAUCGGCGGAUCGCGAGGCUCUGCUGAAGCUCGCCGCGCAGUAUAUCGCCCUCCUCCCCCGUUCGCAUCCGGACGAUCUGAAAGAAUUCUUCGCCGUCUUCGAGGAAAAAGUCCUGAAGGAGGAUCGGGUGCUCAAGGACUGCCUGGAUGGGGUUUUCACUACCGCGAUCGUUCAACGGCUCUCCGCCCAGACGAUUGCGGGGAUCUUGCACAGCCUUGCCACGCUUCGGUUCACCUUUUCCAGGUCGAUAAAACAAUUCCUCCUGGGGGUGACCACAGAGCAGUGGGGAGAGAUGGAGGCCGUGCCGCUCGUUCAGAUUCUUGCCGCGAUGGCGAGACUUUCUUUGCGAAUCCCAGCGGUCCUCGACGCCGUGGGCGAUCGGCUCGCCGAGCUCACGCCAUUUCUUUCCCCGCACGAUACCGCCGAUGCAAUUCGCAGCCUGCAGAUGCUAAACUGCCCAGACGAUGCGAAAAUGAUGGGGUUAAUACGCCACGCCGCGUCCUGUGCGGGGCGUUUUGACGAGGCGAGUAUGGUUUUAUUAUUUACGUCGCCAUCAAUUCACCGACUUUUGCGCUCGCCAGAUGUGGCGAUGCCGCUUCUUAAAGGCGCAUCCGUGAAGGUGGGUUCUUUACCCCUCCGCCAACGCAUCGCCGUGGUGAUUCGAAAGACAGGCCUGCCGAAGGAGUUAAUCGAGGCGUCGUUAACAAGGCUGAGGAUUGAAACUCAUAAUCAAGACGACUUACCUUUAAGACUGACCUAG